AAUAACUUAUUCAGCGAUGAAGCUAGGGACCUCGGAUUUACCGUGAUCAUAGAUAUGCGUGGAAAACAUGCGUACAAUAAUGUACGGCCGAUUCUUAAGGCCAUCAACUACCUGUGUGAAACUACAUCUGGAAUUAAUGUCAUGAUUCUCAUCAUCAAACCUGACACAUUUUGGGAGAAACAAAAAGCAAAUAUGUUAAUUGGAUCAUGGAGUUUUGAAGUUCAUAUGGUCUCUAUAGAUGCCUUAGUUAAAUUUGUUGAUCCAAACCAGCUCAUUCGAGAUCUUGGUGGAUCAUUUCCAUACGACCAUGAUGAUUGGUUGGACACUCGCUUGGAACUGGAACGGUGGAUUUGGCAGGUGUCAGAGGUGAUGCGCAACUUGGAGUGUCAGCGGAGGUCCAUGAUGGAGGCGCAAUCGCCGGUGGAUGUAGCUACUGCCGAAGCUGCUCUUUCUCAGCAUUCUUCGAUAAAGAAGACCAUAUUUACAAUCCCUGUUGAACGCUUGCAAAGCGAGUCAGAGAGGAUAGCGGAACGGAUAAACAGAGCACAAUGCGGCAUCUCUAAUCCUGACCUCAUAUCUUCCAUACCUCAUAUGGUCAAUCUUCUCACUUCAUUACGAGGCUUAAAGUGGGAUUCUUCACAUGUACUCUGA